GAGGAGGAGGAGGAGGAGAAGAAGAAGGUGAAGACUUGAGCGUCUCUCCGGUCAACCACAAAGUAACCAACUACCAACUAGCAAGUAGAAAGUGUUGAAGAUCCACAGGACGACAUUCCAGCCUCCUUCCCGCGCUCUUCCAGGACUUUACUCACAGGUGCUGCUGAUUCCAGUGGGUGUCAUUCUCUUCUCAGUUGGCCAUUGGACCAACACAAUGGCCUUAGCAGGAGGCCCCGAUUACUUCCUGUGCCACUCAAACUAUCAGGAAGGCAUUGACCGCAGUUCCUCUCACAGGCCCGAAGAGCUGAUGGUUCCAGGCUUUCAGCGCUCGGCCCCUCCAAACUUGCCACAUCACCAUGAUGAUGACGUGGAUCUGGAGAAGCUGGUGAACGAGAUGAACUCCUCCAUGGAGAGCGUGUAUUCCACCCAGGCGGACACGGCGCUCAUCCUCAACGGGCACCAUCACCACAUGCACGGUGGCCCCUGCGCCCGACACGGCCCGGCCCUGCCAUCCACGCCAUCCAGGGAGAGGCUGCGGCACUCUCAACCCAUGCACAUCCAGGCCGCCAGGUGUCUACGGGAAGAGCAGCAUCUGCGUCCUGCUUCACUUCCUGCCAUCCCCAACCCUUUCCCGGAGCUCUGCAGUCCAUCCGGCUCUCCGAUUCUCAGCCCUGUUGAGGGCUGUGACCAGCAUAUUGUGAAGGUGUGGAGCGAGGAUGGGGCCGGUAAAGUUGUGGAGAUCCCGGCAGACAUGACGGCCAGAGACGUGUGCCAGCUCCUGGUCUACAAGAGCCACUGUGUGGACGACAACGCCUGGACACUGGUGGAGCACCACCCCAUCCUUGGCCUUGAGAGAUGCCUGGAGGACCACGAGCUGGUGGUUCAGGUUCAAGCCUCCAUGAGCAGCGACAGCAAAUUCCUCUUCAGGAAGAACUAUGCCAAAUAUGAAUUCUUCAGGAACCCCCUGAACUUCUUUCCAGAGCAGAUGGUGGCUUGGUGUCAGGAGUCUGAUGGCACGAUCCCUCAAUCGCAGCUCUUACAGAACUUCCUGAACUCCAGCAGCUGUCCAGAGAUUCAAGGCUACCUGUACGCAAAAGAACCCGGACGCAAGUCCUGGAAGAAGCUCUACAUGUUCUUACGCCGCUCCGGCCUCUACUUCUCCACUAAAGGAACAUCCAAGGAGCCACGACACCUGCAGCUUUUGUCCGAUUUGGACGACAGCAACAUCUUCACAGUUAUCACCGGCAGAAAACUGCACAACGCCCCCGCAGACUUCCAGUUCUGCAUCAAGCCCAGUAAAGCCAGGGGAGACUGCAAAGAGAUGAAGAUGUUGUGUGCUGAAGACGAGCAGAGCAGGACCUGCUGGAUGACCGCUUUCAGACUUCUUAAGCAUGGCAUCGUCCUGUAUAAGAGUUACAGCGUGCCCCAGCACAGGAAGCCAAACCUGUCACAUUUCUCCACGCCUGUGCGGAGUGUGUCUGAAAACUCUCUGGUGGCGAUGGACUUCUCAGGAAGAACGGGCCGCGUCAUCGACAACCCCGUGGAAGCUCAGAGCGCCGCCCUAGAGGAGGGUCAGACGUGGCGGAAACGGAGCCAGCGUAUGAAUGUCCUGGGCAGCUCGUCACCUUUGCACCCGUCCUCUUUGAGCACAGUCAUCCACAGGACGCAGGUUUGGUUUCACGGUCGCAUCAUGAGAGAAGAAGCCCACAAAAUGAUCAUCCAACAAGGCCAAGUAGACGGGUUGUUCCUGUUGCGGGACAGUCAGAGUAACCCCAAGGCCUUCGUGCUCACCAUGUGCCACCACCAGAAGAUCAAGCACUUCCAGAUCCUACCGUGCGAGGAAGACGGUCAGGUGUUCUUCAGCCUGGACGACGGAGCCACCAAGUUCACCGACCUGAUUCACUUGGUGGACUUCUACCAGCUGAACAGAGGAGUGCUGCCCUGCAAGCUCAAACACCCGUGCACCGCCGUGGCCUUGUGACUCCGCCCCUUCCUCUUCUGCACCCUUUUUCUUUACAUUUUGCACACCCUUGUACCCCUGAGGUCCCUUUGGGGGCCAUGUGAACAAGCCAGCUUUCUCCUCCGCCUUAUUUGCCGUGUGGAUGUUUGACGUUGCCAUGGAGACCGCGAGGUUUGCCUGCGUCUGGCGCCCCCUCCCCCUCCCCCACCCUCACCUUUCCUCCAGGCCUGAUAAGCUGUGGUGCAGGAAGCGCCACCACCUUCUUCUUCUUCUUCUUCUUCUUUGUUGAUCAUCAGGGAUGGACGGGAAUCCCUCCGGAUCUCAAUCUAACUUUUCUUUUCUGGGAUCCAGGAGGCUUUUCUCAACCUGUGCAGUCCAGUCUGGAUAAGCUGACACCAUGAUGACCCCUGACCCCUGACCCCACCCUCUACUGCUGUCUCUGACACAAGGCGGGGCUUAUCAGAAAGGACAAAGGAAUGUUUAUCAGGAAUGAGCCUCUCUUUUAGACUUUGAUUACUUGAUGUCAUUGUAAUGCUGUUUUAUUACUGUUGAUUCAAUGCAGAAUUAGUUUGCACUCGUGCUGGGGGGCGAUGCGUCCUCCUCCUUGUUUGUCCCCUCCUUCUAACGGCCAGGAGGAGGAAGCAGUUUCAAUCAAAGGGUUUUUAUUUGUCGGCUUUUUGAAUGUCCUUUUCUUUUCUGAGCUGGCUGCUUGCACAUUUUCCAUGAUCCUGAAGCGAUAGUGAAAGGUCGGAGGGCAUCCUGACCACUGCCCCCACCCCCCUCUACGCCCGCUCAGAAGAGACAAAUCAAAGAUAAGCACUCCCAGCAUUAUUUUGUUUUGCUUUGUUGUAAAAGAAGAAACAGACUUGAAGUGUGAACUCUAAAACCACACAAUCAAAUGAGCUUCACUUGCCUUAGGUGGGAAACAAUGAGCCUUGUACAUAUUUCAUGAUAUCCUUCAUACAUCCAACCAAACAUGUCUGUUCUUUGGGCUCAGCUAUUGCUGGCUUCUUAGUUAACAUAUAAUAACUUCAAUUUCAUUGUUGGGAUAAAAAAUACACCCGAA